AUGGGUUUCAUCCGCCCCGGAAAAGCCAUCAAAAAACGAAAGGCUGCCCCACUCCCAGACAGUCUCAAGAAAAAAGUUCGCAAGGAAACAAAAGGUGCUGGACAUCGAUCCUUGUCAAUAAUAGAAAGGCUUCCAAAAGAACUACUUCAUCGAGUAUUCGUCUUUGCCGGAUUGGAUCAAAAUAACCUUCCAUUGGUCAACAAAAGGAUCAACUAUGACUUGCGAUUAUAUCACAGAGAUCGAAAUGAUGAUUCUGAGUACGUGCCUAACCACGGCCUUGCCAAAAAAGUCAUUGAGCAAAACUUUCUUCGCGAUAUGAAUUCGAUGAUUGACUUCAAAAAGUAUAGAAACACCAUUAAAAGGUUUCGACGACUUGAGAACCACGAUGCCCAAAGAAACGACCUAGCAGAUGCUUUGGAAGAGUUUCUUAAAGAAUUUGAAGCGAAAAAAUUGGGCUUGGACGUGGCAGUGCUUCACUACAAGUUCUUCAAUUAUAGUGUUGCGAAAAGGUUGCGAAUAGGAGACUUUGCCGCUUACACAAAAGAUUCCAAUCAUACAAGUCGGGUCGAACUACUCGAUCUGAUCAACGAUGCUUUGGAAUCUAUGAUUUCCAGUACAAAUUCAGACACGGCUUCUGCUAUAUCUAAAGCUGAUAAGGCAUUAGAGUUGCAAAAAACUCCUUUUAUUCCUCAGGAGUUUUUUGAAAGGAAGCUUAAUUCAGCUGCUCUUGAGCUAUUGCUCUUACUUCAUACCACCCAGGGAUACUCGUUGAACAAUCUCGAUCCAUUUAUACUGCUGAUAGCAAAAUCCAUCGAUGUGGAACCCAAACCUCAACUCGUUGAACGAGUAUUGGCCAUGGGAAAAUCUGCUGCUAUCACGGGGUUUUCAGUAGCAGAGCUUCUAAGGGCUCAUCAGGAUCAAAAGUCAGAGGAUACAACUGCAAUAGUUCAGUUAAUUCUCAAGCAUUAUUACUCGCAACCUUCAACGCAAUUAGAGAGCUUUAUAUGGCAAGAGGUGAUCCAACUGAAAAACAUAGAUCUCUAUAAUACUGUUGUUGAACAUUCUGGCACUCCAAGUGCACAAGUAAUUACGUCUAUGUAA